CCAAUUGCUCUCAGAGUUGUUGACGUGUUACCGCAGACGAGCAAACAGAUGACCAGUUCCCGGUUGCUCUUUUUCGUGUCUCAGCAUUCCGCUUGGGUUCCAGCGUGUUUGCUGGCUACCGGACCCCUUCGACGGGUCCAGAAUACCGUUGUUGUUCUAGGCUACUCGAUGCAUUAGAGUGAGACCAUUUGUGUGGAGCAGUACCCAUCCUCGGACAAGCUGAAUUCUCAGCGUGGACUAGCUUAGCGAGUAUUGGGCGGCAAGUUCCACGGCGGCUCCAAGCUGAUGAGGCGAUCAGAUCAGCCUUACCUGCUCAAGUUUUUAACAUCUCAACUAUGAAUCACAGAGUCCAAAGGACUACGGAGUGCAUAAUCUUUAAUACCCGUCGCUACCGGAAGCUCGCGGUAGAGCUGAGUUUCCUGGUCGACGAUACCCGAUUCGGCUGUAUUCAGUCAAGAUGGCGGACAUGAUUUUACCGAAGGGCAUUGUGUUCAAUAGAAACGAUAUUUACGAGGAGAUAGCAAAGUACGACAUUGUUCCACUAAGCCAGAUACUCGCGGCUUGCCAUGUCUUUACUACAACAUCUCGAGAACUUAUCGAUCCUACUGCGAGACGGCUCGAAAACUUCUGGACUCGCGUCUUAGGCGGUGACCGCCGUUAUCUUUCAGGAAAAGUGAUUGCACGGCUUUUUAAAAGUAUCUCUGAGGAAGAAAGCUUCGUUAAAUUACGGGGUCCGGCGAAUCGAUACGAGCCGCCUUCACCUGACUCGAAAGCCGACCCACCCGCAAAAGUCCAAGCCAAGCCUGAGACACCUGAACAAGGGUCUUCUGAGUCGGGGCUAAAAGGCAAGGCCGAGGCUAUCAAGGCUGCGCCAUCAUCCGCGGUGAAACGGCCGCAUCCCAUCUUGAAGAAACCUAGGGGGCCUUCAAAUUCCGGGCCGCGACCUACAGCUCGAUUUGUAUCGCCACCGGGAUCUGAUGGCGAGGCCAAUGAUAGCAAGGAUAGUGAGCCUGCUUCAUCUGGGAGCACGGCGGUGAAUCAUAGUGGCGAUUCUAAACGGUCCACUAGUUCAACAGCCAAGGAGGAAAGGAGAAAGACGAUCCAUACCACACCAAAGAAGAAGACUGGUGGAUUUGUAGCUUCUACUGCUUCUAGAAGAAGACCAGCUAUGCCUCGGCGGAUUAGUUCACAGUCUUCUACUGCCGUGAGCGGAGCCGAAGCCGGGUCUAAAGAAGGAAGCUCUUCGCUUGGUUCGAGACAGUCCGGAUCACAAGGCUCCACUACGACAAUUACAGAAAAGUCAAGCAAGGGGAUAUCCCCGACGAGAAGAGAAGGAGGUGAACAGCUGAGCGCAAAGGCAGCAGGAAAACGACUAGUCACUUUGUCAUCCGAUAAAUCCAGCACUUCGAAACCAGGUAGUUCGCAGAUAGGUAGUGCUGACAGUCAGCGGUUAAUAGUCCAACAGGAGCGUGCCGAUGCGAGCAAGUCGAAACUUGCGACAGACGACGCGAAUAGCACUGUGAUAGACGAUACCAGUCCGGUGAAGACGAGUCGACGUGGGUCAGGUCACAGGCGGAGCGAUACACAAGAACGACCGCGCCCGGAUAUCUUGCCUUUCAUGGCUCGAUCGAGAUCGGACAUUGGCUCUAUACGACGUAUCUCACAGGAUUUAGUUGGCGGCCUUCCUCCGUCUCAAAGUUUAAUAUCAUCGAGCACGACGAUAGUAUCGAACACGACGGCGCAAGGAACGAUUAUAGAGUUUGACGAGAACCCAUCGCUCGGCGAGACUGUCGUGAGCACAACGCAAGGACACGAGGAAGAUGCCGAAACCAGUUCCCGAAGGUCUGGUAGCUCCGUGCUUGAUUCGCGAUUUACUCCUACCCAACCAAGUCCAACACCGACCGUACCGCUUGGUCGGUCCAAAAGUCAACUUACCCUGCUCCUCGAGCGGCAGGGUGACAAGAAACCUCGUCGGUAAGCAAUUAUAGCGGGCUUAAAAAGUUAUUAAGCAUGUGUAUAUUUACGGUAAAAUCGUGUUUCUCUAGAGGAUAUUAAAAGGGGAAAGGGAAGCUCAGAAGCAUUGGCAUUUACAUACAAUGCAUCGCAUCGGCGUUAUCUUUAUCAUGGAAAUCAGCGUUGGAGAGGUGUUUUACUUUUGGCGGCCACAAUUGUUCGAGCCGUUAUACGGAAGUGUACAUGUACAUGUCACCAGAAUUCAUGUUCAUAUUCAGGCUAGUUGGUUGGAAAUAUGUGCACAUGUGAGGUCGUUUGACGUUGAGCCCGCGUUGCCGACGUAUGGCUUAAGACUCUAGAUAGCUAUGCUGCUGUGUUGAGAUCAUCUGCAGACAAGCCCGACUGAUAAAAGGAGUUGAGCGAAUAUUCCUUUUUGGGGUAACCCGGCUCUUCUUCUCCACUGUCCUUACCAACACCUGGAAUGCUAGUAUUGGCAGGUUAGCUGAAGGCUUAAAAGGUUAAGCUGUACACUAUUAAUUUGGCACGAUUAUUGAGUACCGUUGAGUGGUUUAGAACCCCUGCUGUGGAUGGGCAGGCUCUUUGGGUCAGAGGGUCAGAAGGUCAGGCUAGGCUAAUGGAUCCCAAUGGAUCCUGGGUCGUACA